UGCCUCCCAAACGCGAAUGGUACAGUCCAUUAUUAGUCAUCGUCACAUGACAAAGCGGUAGUGUUCAACUGGACAGACGCACGAAAUCUUGCACUUUUAAUCCACAGUCUCAAGACUCAAGACCCAAGACUCAAAAUGAUGUGCGGAGGGCUUGGUCAAGCAGUUAAUGCCGACGAAGAGAUUCAAAAAAUAUGCGACAAAGUAAAGUCUGAUGCUGAGGGAAAAACUGGGAAGACUUUCGACGUCUUCAUCGCCAAGAGUUACAAAUCCCAGGUUGUGGCUGGGACCAACUACUUCAUCAAGGUGCACGUGGGAGGAGACGACCAUGUCCACAUGCGUGUUUUCCAAAGUCUGCCCUACGCUGGUUCAACGAUCGAGCUGGUUGACAUCCAAGUGUCCAAGACACACGGAGAUGCCAUUGAGCACUUCUGAAUAACAAACAGAAAGUCUCUCCGAUUUUCCAUUGAGGGUCACUUUGGGGUAGUUGCAUAUUGGGGUACUGGCACAUUGGAAUUGGUAUAUUUUGCAAAUGGCUGAAUAAACCUCAAAUGUGA